CGUUCAACAUGCCGCUUGCGCCAGAAAGUUUCAUGCGUGGGUGGCUCGCGGGAAAAGCUCAGCCUGCCCUGCCAUUAGUGUCAUCGCCAUCAGAGCCAUUAGUUUAGUUGAUGGAAGGUAUCAUCAUCACUAUUGCUCAUCGUUUUCGUUGACAUGGAAAACGAGAGUGAAAAUUUAGUCCGCCUUUCGUUUUUGAGUUAGUCGUAUUCUAGAUUUGGUCAGGAGCGCGUGGAGUUUUGGAACAAUCGAUUGGUUCGUUUUUUUAUUUAGGGAAUAUAAACGUGUUCUUGACUACUGUUACCGUUCUGAGGAUGAGUACCAAGCUCAACGGUCGUUGUUGUGCUCUAUUGUGGAUUAUAGCAACAAACGUGAAAAUUUAUGCACAUUCCAUUGUGGAAAGCGAAUCUGGUGGCAGUGCCGCAGCGUACCGUGGUGGAACCCCUGUGCCCGGGCGGGAGUCCAAAUCACUAUACCGAAUAAGUUGCCCGGGACAGAGUGUGUGCGUCCCUUUGGCCGAGUGUCCAGAACUGUUGCUGGAAACAGCACGCCAAUGCUAUCGAGGUGAUUUUUCACUUUCCUGUGGGGUCAAUGAACUGGAGCCCCAUGUGUGCUGUCUUAGGAAAUAUAAUUAUGACGAUCGUACCGAUGUGGGAUGCGGUAAAAGCAUCGUUCAAGGCGACUUCUAUAACGGCUUGGGAGCGUACCCCUUCGUGGCGCGAAUCGGAUUUAAAAACACCAAAUCAGGAUCAUUCAUUUAUCCAUGUUCUGGUUCAAUUAUUGCGCGCCAAGUGGUUCUGACAUCUGCUCACUGUGCACUAGCCAAAGCCGAGAGCCAUCGAUUAUCGUCUGUUCGAAUUGGCGACUACGAUACACGCACUGACCCGGACUGUGGAAAUACCGGAUUUUGCGCACCAGCAGCCAUCAAUCACGCUGUGAGCCAAAUUAUUGUCCAUCCAGACUAUGUGGAUGGUCAGUAUCACCAUGACAUUGCACUGUUAGUGCUUAAAACGCCGAUUAAUUACACUGUUGCUGCGCAACCCAUCUGCCUGCACCGACGUCGCCAAGACCUGACCGUUGGUCGGAGGGUACAGAUCAUCGGCUGGGGUAAACUAUCUAUCAGUGGGACCAAAUCGCCCGAGUUGCAAUCGCUCGAAGUCCCACUGACGUCAUGGGACCAGUGUGUACGAGCCUACAGUUCGACCGGAGCCCUCCAGUCAACUAAAUCGAUCGAUGGCGAGUGGAUGUGCGCAGGCGGCGAAGGUCGCGAUGCUUGUCUCGGGUUCGGCGGUGCUCCACUGAUCAUCAGAGAGCGGUCCCGCUACGGACAGAUUGGAAUCAUGUCAUUUGGAGCGGAAACGUGUGGUGCACUUAAUAUGCCUAGCGUGUACACCUCGAUUGCACACUACGCGCAAUGGAUCGAGGCAAACACGCCGACGACCUUUGUUUAGAAGUGAUAUUCCCGGGCCAGUGGAAUCGGAAAUGCCGGUUUAUAGUGAUAAGUUGUGCAUGUUGGAGAAAUUAAUGAUACAAUAAAAUGUGGAUUUUCUGAAUUGCAUCACCAAUCUGUUAGUUUAAUUCGGAUGAAAAUUGUGAGUUAUAAAAAAUUUUGUAGAAUGAGAAUUUUUGAAUUUCUCUAGCUUUACUUUUUGAACCAUCUCAAACCCAUUUUUGCAAGGGCUUAUUGUCUAAAUCGUUAGGGAUUCUCUGUUAAACUCUGUUGAACGAAUAAAAUGAAGAAUUUGAGAAAAUUUGAUCAGGGGCAAAAUUCAACUUCGUUUAUCCAAAUGAUUCCAAUCUUCUGAUAAUAAUAAUUCCAGGCUCAGUGAAGGGAUAAAUCAUCAAAUGAUUAGAAUGCAAUACUGCGUGUAAUAUUUACAUGUGUCAUACAGAAAAUAACUUUCUUCUGAUAAAAAAUUCUUUGUAAACUAAAUCCUCAUAAAGUUCAUAUUUUGAAACUAUAUAAGUGCGCAACUAUGUUUUGUAGAAUGUUAAUAUAAACUUUACUAAUUCUUACGUAUAUGUGAUACUGCAUACCAAUACAUACGUCAAGGAUUGUAAGACUAAUAAUUUAUUUUCCUUACUAGAACAUGUAUUUGAGUAAAAUCGGUACGUCGUGGAGGCCUAUGUGCAACUAAUAUAUUUUUAAAGUUCAAAUUUCUAGAUGUUUUAAUAACGUUAAAUGAAUUAUUAGUAGAACACGUGAGGCAAACGGGAGAUAAAUCACUAUUUGUGAAACCAGUGAGAGCAUUUAACGUUUUGCGCCGUCAUAAGUUUAUGAUAUGUAUAUCAGGGUGUUGUGGAGAGCGUAGUUUACACCGAAUUUGAGCACGUACGAUUCUGUAUGAUACAUGUAAACAUUAUGCGUAUUUUUAAUACCAAUUUUUGUUGACUAAUCACUUUACUGAGCCUGAAAUAAGGUCUAAUAUUUCCCCAGAUUAAAUACUCUCAAAAUUCAUCUUAUUUAUUUCACAAAGUUCUAACAGAUAAUCGCUCAGAUAUUAUGAAACAAACCCUAGACAAAAAUGAGAUUGAGACGGUUCAAUAAAUUUACUAUAAUAAGAAACUCAAAAAUUUCCAUUCCACAAAAAUUUAAAUAAUUUUUACGAUUUUCAUCCGAUUUAAAAGUUUGAGCUUUGCAAAUCCUAUUGAAUUUUCUGUGUCAGACAAUUUUGUCUAGUAUUAUCGUGUGGGCCGCGGUGCUCCUCGGCGUAGAAAUGGUUUGACAUCAAUUCUUGGAACGCUCGUAUGUGGCUCUUCGUGACUGAAAAUAUUUCUUUUCAUGCACAAUUAAUGUAUAAAAGAUCCAUUGUUGUCUUGCCUUCGAAAUCGUAAAACCAAAAAAACAUUCGGUUUGAGCACUUUACACCAGACGGCCUCCUUAAAGGCAAUAUCGCUUUUGGAUGUUAAAACGCAGUUUUGUGCAUCAUAAUGCACCGGGCGUUGUGAUGCACCGUCCUACUUACUUUAACUCGAAAGAAUUAUUAUAUAGCGGAUACAAAAUUUGUUCAAAUAUCGGGCCAAUUCAAGCAGCUUUUUAUGUUCUUAGAUUUUGAUUAUUUCUUUCUAGAGAGGCAGUGAUAUAGAUGAAUGAAACCCAAUAUUUGAAAAAAUAGAAAUAUUCAAUUAUCUGUGAAAAUACAUAUAGGAACUAAAACCGAUCAAAUCAUGUACGAGAGGCUCAGUGAAGAACGGCCCAACUCCUAAAAACCUGUUUGGAGAUAUAAGAGAAAAACGAAAACUACCGAACAGUCUUAUUACGUAGCGUUGCAACUGGAAUAUUUUUUCUUUGUACGGAA